AUGCCUAAGGACCCCACGCCAUAUCAACUCUCCAAAAACUUGGAGUACGUGCAAAAGGAAGCCCCAUUUCUAGCGAAAUUGAAGGCAAAGCAUCAAGAUCCCAUCAAGAAGAAAUUUGAAGAUUGGAAUCCAGAAGACGACGAUGACGAAUAUGACGAGUUUCAAGGCGCUCAAGUCGUCGUACUAAAAGAAGGGAAGCACUAUAGUGAAGCAGACUUGCAGCGCCAUCUUCGUGGCGAGGAAGUUGAUCUGAGCAAAUCACAGGAGGACGACACUACCGAAGCAAGCGAUGAUACCAAAUCUGUCGACGAAAAUGGAAAAUUAAUGUUUCGACCAAAGAAAAAACCAGUUGAUGGCCCGAGCUCUUCAGUCACUGUAGGAAGCAAAGCUAUGAAACGGAAGCAUGCGGAUGGAAAAUUGGAUGGCGUUGAAACUGCUUCUACCGGUGAUGAAAGCAAAAAAAAGAAAAAAAAGGAAAAGAAAAAGAAAGAAACGAAGUUGUCGUUUGAUAUUGACGAUGAAUGA